AUGGCACCGCCGACGAGGAUGCCGUCCAGGGCACCCCCAACGACGCCGUCCACGGCAUCACCGACGAGGACGCCGUCCAGGGCAUCGCCAACCAGGACGCCAUCCACAGCAUCGCUGACUGGGACGCCAUCCAGGGAUUCACUGACUGGGACGCCGUCCAGGGCCUCGCUGACUGGGACACCGGCAUCGCUGACGAGGACGCCAUCCAGGGCAUCGCCGACGAGGAAGCCAUCCACGUCAUCACUGACUGGGAUGCCAUCCAGGGAUUCACUGACUGGGAUGCCGUCCAGGGCCUCACUGACUGGGACACCGUCCAGGGCCUCGCUGACUGGGACGCCGUCCAGGGCCUCGCUGACUGGGACGCCGUCCAGGGCCUCGCUGACUGGGACGCCAUCAAGGGCAUCGCUGACGGGGAUGCCACCCAGGGCAUCGCUGAAGGGGACGUCGUCCAUGGCAUCGCUGACGGUGUCACUGUCCAGGGCAUCACUGACGAGGACGCCGUCCAGGGCAUCGCCGACGAGGACGCCAUCCACGUCAUCACUGACUGGGACGCCAUCCAGGGAUUCACUGACUGGGACGCCGUCCAGGGCCUCGAUGACUGGGACACCGUACAGGGCCUCGCUGGCUGGGACGCCGUCCACGGCUUCGCUGACGGGGACGCCAUCAAGGGCAUCGCUGACGGGGAUGCCACCCAGGGCAUCGCUGAAGGGGACGUCAUCCAUGGCAUCGCUGACGGUGUCACUGUCCAGGGCAUCGCUGACGAGGACGACGUCCAGGGCAUCGCUGACGAGGAUGCAGUCCAGCUCAUCGCUGACGAGGACCCCAUCCGUGGCAUCACUAAAGAGGAUGCCGCCCAGGGCUUCACAAACAAGGAUGCCGCCCAGGGCAUUGCUAACAAGGACGCCGCCCAGGGCAUCGCUAACGAGGAGGCCGUCCACGGCAUCCCUAACGAUGCCGCCAUUCAGGGCAUUGCUAACGAGGACGCCGUCCAGGGCGUCGCUAACGACGAUGCCGUCCAGGGCGUCGCUAACGAAGAUGGAUUCCACAGCAUCAAUAACGAGGACGCCGUCCAGGGCAUCGCCAACUGGGACGCCGUUGCCUUCCACGGCAUCACCGACGGGGACACUGUCCAGGGCAUCGCCGACGGGGUCGCCGUCCAGGGCAUCGCCGACGGGGAUGCCGUCCAGGGCAUCGCCAACGGGGACGCCAUCCAGGGCAUUGCUCUCGAUGAUGCCGUCCACGGCAUCGCUAACGAGGAUGCCGCCCAGGGCAUCGCCAACUGGGAUGCUGUCCAGGACAUCGCUAAUGAAGAUGGAUUCCACGGCAUCAAUAACGAGGACGCCGUCCAGGGCAUCGACAAUGAGGAUGCUGUCACCUUCCACGGCAUCACCGACGGGGACACUGUCCAGGGCAUCGCCGACGGGGUCGCCGUCCAGGGCAUCGCCGACGGGGACGCCAUCCAGGGCAUUGCUCUCGAUGAUGCCGUCCACGGCAUCGCUAACAAGGACGCCACCCAGGGCAUCGCCAACUGGGAUGCUGUCCAGGACAUCACUAAUGAAGAUGGAUUCCACGGCAUCGAUAACGAGGAUGCCGUCCAGGGCAUCGCCAAUGAGGACGCCGCCCAGGGCAUCGCCGACGGGGUCGCCGCCCAGGGCAUCGCCGACGGGGACGCCGCCCAGGGCAUCGCAGACGGGGACUCCACCAAGGGCAUGGGCAACGAGGUUGCCGUCCACAGCAUCGCUAACGAGGACGCCGUCCACGGCAUCGCUAAUGAGGACGCCCUCCACGGCGUCGCUAACGAGAAAAUCAAAUGUUAACCAGCAGUGACCUGCUUCAACACCAUCAUCGGAAGUCAGAAGUUGA